AUGCUAGCUGAAAGACAGCCAGAGACGCUCCUCAGUACCACAAAUUCAAACCCGAGGGAGCAUGUCAAAGUUAUCAUCUUGAGAUCAGGUAAGCAGUUGUCUAGUUCUUUACCUAUGGUUGAUGAUGAUGUUAUUGUGCAGGAUGAGCCAGUCAGGAAGGAGCCAGAGCCUGAGGUGAUAGAGCUUGUGCGAACUGAGGACAAGAAGAAGAGUCUUGUGAGGGAAUACCAAACUCUAAUUCCAUAUCUUGCCAGGUCGAAGCAAGAGAAGGUUGAUCAGAAGCUGAAGGACUUGGGACUUGUGACAUUAAAUGAGGAGUGCUCAGCCAUUCUUCAAAAUAAGCUACCAAUGAAGAGGCAUGAUCCAGGGAGUUUCACAAUACCCUAUAUUAUUGGUGAUUUGCUUAUUAGUGAUGCUUUAGCUGAUUUAGGUGUUAGCAUCAAUCUAAUGUCUAGCAGUUUGUUCGAGAAAUUAGCUUUGAAUGAACCUAAACCUACUAGGAUGAGCAUACAGUUAGCAAAUAGGACUAUGAAAUAUCCUAGAGGAAUAGUUGAGGAUGUAUUUGUUAAGGUAGACAAGUUUAUAUUUCCUGUUGACUUUAUUGUUAUGGAUAUGGAGGGUGAGAGUAGCAUGCCUUUAUUUCUACGUAGACUUUUCCUUGCAACAUCUAGGGCUGUUAUAGAUGUGUGUGAUGGGAAGUUACAGCUUAGAGUAGAUGAUAAGACUAUUACCUUUGACCUUAGCACUUCUAUAAGAUAUUCAUUUAACUAUGAUAAUACUGUGUAUUUUGUGGAUGAUAUUCUGGAGUCUCAAUUGCAGGAGAUACUACUUGACGAUCCUUUAUAG